UAAUUCUGCGUUGGUCUUUGGUGCUUUGGAUCGACCGGCAGGCCCAGAAGCCAAGAUGUCCGGGCGCGGGAAGCAGGGCGGGAAGGCGCGUGCCAAGGCCAAGUCGCGCUCGUCGCGGGCCGGACUGCAGUUCCCCGUGGGCCGCGUCCAUCGCCUGCUGCGCAAGGGCAACUACGCGGAGCGGGUGGGCGCCGGCGCCCCAGUGUACCUGGCAGCCGUGCUGGAGUACCUGACGGCCGAGAUCCUGGAGCUGGCGGGGAACGCGGCCCGCGACAACAAGAAGACGCGCAUCAUCCCGCGGCACCUGCAACUCGCCAUCCGCAACGACGAGGAGCUCAACAAGCUGCUGGGCAAGGUGACGAUCGCGCAGGGUGGUGUGCUGCCCAACAUCCAGGCCGUGCUGCUGCCCAAGAAGACUGAGAGCCAUAAGGCCAAGAGCAAGUAAAAGUCGUGUGCAGAUAAACUUCCUGCGUACCGAAGCGAACCCCAAAGGCUCUUUUCAGAGCCACCCACAGCCUCGAGAAAAGAGCUUGAAAUGCUGCUAAGUAGGCGGGAGUGUAAUCCCACAUUUUUCAUGGGAGGGUCGGCGCGACAGGGGAGGAGACCAACCUCUCCCCUCUGCAGGUGCCCGGUGCAGUUAUCCCCGAGUGCUGAGGCACGGCUGGGGAAGAAAAUGCAUUUUCCCUUAUGUGCCCCGCCCAUCACCCCCUCUGGCUGACGAGCGCUGUGCUACCCUUCCGCUUGUCCUAUGGUGCUGGUGAGGCGAGCGCCCCCGGAGCACGAGUUCAGCAGAGCGUAGAGUCGCCCGGAGCCAACCGUGGCCCCUGUGGGCCUCUCAUGAGUGUGUUUAACCUGCUCCCCGCCAGAGAUGCGGCCCGGCUGCAGGUACCGCCAGACCUCCCCCCUCACAGGAGCGCGGAGCCCCCUUCCGCGCUCGGCGGCUGAAGCGAACUCGGCGCCGUCACUGCCCUUACCCCAUUCAGGCGCGAGCAGGCGGACGGGAGAAAGCAAAGGGGCCGCCUCUGGCGCGUACUGAAGACCUUAGCGAGCUAAGUAAGAGACGGCUUUCACGCCUUUUUUUAUUUCAGAGAACGCGGACGAUCGCCUCGGCCCACUUUUGCUCAAAGCGAAGCUGCUGCUGAAAAGCAGCCAGCUUAUCCUUCAGGCCCUAGCAGCUUCCAGGACUCCCUGGCACCGGCAAAGUGCAUCGGGAAACUACAAACCAGUACAGCGCUUGCUUUGCAGGGCUCCUACAAAAGCCGCGGACGCGAAGUCGAAAGCAAACGACCGACGAGCGACGCCGCAGGCCACUAUAGACAAACCCAAGGGAUGAACAGUAAAAACCAAACUGGUUGCAGCUCUGCCAAAAAAAAAAAAAAAAAAAAAAAAAAA